GGCUGAGAGCAAAAUAAACAGCCUUAUCUUGGGGGUGUGGGGCCCCUUACUAUAAAAACGGAGGCCACUGGUCUCUUUAGCGUCUUUCCUACUCAAGAUGAAAUUCCUCUUGCUGGCUGCUCUGCUUGCAGGGAGCGUUACUGCGCACAACAUCAGCCCUCGGGCGGUGUGGCAGUUCCGCAAUGUGAUCAAGUGCACGAUCCCCGGGAGUGACCCCUAUAAGGACUACAACAACUAUGGCUGCUUUUGUGGCUUGGGUGGCUCAGGCACCCCUGUGGAUGAAUUGGACAGGUGCUGCCAGACACACGACGCCUGCUACAGCCAGGCCAAAAAGUUGCCCAGCUGUAAAUUCCUCGUGGACAACCCCUACACCAACACUUACUCAUAUACCUGCUCUGGGACAGAGGUCAUCUGCAGCAGCAAAAACAAAGAAUGCGAGGCUUUCAUCUGUAACUGCGACCGCGAAGCUGCCAUCUGCUUUUCCAAGGCUCCAUACAAUAAGGAGCACAAGGACCUGGAUACUGACAAAUAUUGUUAAGAUAUAGUGUCACCCCUACCUGUCUGGUUGCCUUCACCUGACACUGUGUCCUCCAAUAAAGCAUAUUGUUGAAAAGA